GCGCUUGGCGACGCCCAUGGAAGGUCAACAACAGGUAUUCCAGAAGUUGAAGACAACAUGUGUUCCGUUACUGUCAUCCUCGUUGUUGACGCCAUCGUCCAUCUCUUCAGUGCUCAAGCUCUUGUCAGAACUCAUCGACGUCCUUAAUUCUAUUCGUUCAUCCGGAGUGACAUUGAAUAAAUCUAUCAUGUCAUAUGUAUACUUCCCACUCUCCUCGAUCCUCAAACGCAAUUCUUCACCCGGCAUCCCCGAUCAAGUACUGGAAAAGAUCUUCAUUGCGUUGGGUCUCAUUUGCGAUGACUGGUGGUGGGAUUGCGAGCUGGAGACGUGGGAUCAGAUUUUUAUGUUGUGCGGAUCUGUUAUUGGAGGGAUAGAGGCGAAGGGGAAAGGAAAGGACAGAGACGAUGAAACGAAAGCAGCAGCAGCUCACUGUUUGCUCAACCUCUUGCGAUCCCGGACUGAGGAUUAUCAUGGUGUUUUCACACCUACGCAAGCACAUCAGAGGCUUGAGGCUCUGAAGAGACACGCGAUCUCAUCCAAGUUCAUGCCAAUAUUUGGGCAAACUCUCAAUUCAGUCCUGGAAACCGCUGAAAGUCGGCACCUCCCCUUGCAGAAAUCAUCAUUGAACUUAAUCUUCGUGUUUAUUCACUUUUAUCUUCCGGACGAUGUUGUCGUUUCGGUGCUUCCUGGAGUGGUGAGCACAAUGUGCAAGAUUGCACUUGGUGUAUCUCAAGAGAAAGGAUGGGCGAAAGGGGAGAUUACUGCACAGUCUUUACGAGUGAUGCAGGAGGUCAUCAUCACAUCCCUUGCUGACGACAGCUGCAUAAGAGACGGAGCGUUAGUCUCAAUAGAUGAUAUCGAAAGUUUGACGGAGCUCUUGUCAGAACCGAAGCCCAGAAAGCAACCUUCACGGAAUUCCUUCGGGACCAGUCGCACAUCUUCAUGGCUACGCGGAACUUCCUCUCAACUUCACAUCGCAAUCAAGACACUAGUCCCCCUUGUGAAGCACCCUACACCUUCCGCACUUGUGGCUUUGGGCGAAUUUGCGGCAACCGUUAUCGAAGCCACCCCACGAACGAUGCCAGCAACUCAACCUCUCCUACUAUCUUUCCUCCUUUCUCUCUCAAACUCCGAAUUUGAAAGAGUCUCCACUACCGCUUUCAAAACCCUUCUCCGCCUCUUUUCGACUGACUCCAAAACACAAGUCUCCCUGCUGCACACCUUAAUGCGAACCACCCGAGAUAAUCUUGUUGCUUUGCCAUUGGUUUUACCUUCUCAUGCGGAUGCCAAAGUGGAACACAUGGCCAUUCUUAUUAACACUGUAUGUCGUUUAGCGGUAGCCGGGAGUAACCAGGCUGGACUCCGCUCGAUCUCAACCGAGAUAGGUAAACUUCUCGGCCCUUCAGGGGGGAUAGAAAAGUGGGGAUGGAGCCUGCUUUCAGUGUUAGAGUUCGAAGACCCACCUGUGGUUGUUACGCGCACGUCCACUUCACAACUUAUGCUUGAGAACGAUACUAGUGGUUUUCAGUGGACGCCGUUCCCUCAAGCUACGCUGAAGAACGUUCAUUCUCCAAGUACAUACGAAGCCCUCGUUAGGAUGUUUCACUCUCUCGGUCAGGCCGCUGGUGAUAGCGCCCUCUCAUCUGUAGAAUGGUUCGCAAACGUCGGUCAAAGUGGGGAACACAGCAGAGCUGUUGCUGGGAUGUGGUGUGCAUGUCGGCUUCUUGAGGGUAUCGCCCACGUCGACAUUUCGUCGGGGUCGCCGCUUCAACCGCAAGUCCUUUCCGGGAGCAAAAGAUUGGACAAAUUUGUCCGAGGAUUGGCUAAGAGUAUAGCUCAGCUUUGGAACAAUGCCGACUCUGAUGGUGCCACGAACACGUCCCUCCAUGAUCGUGCUCAAGAGGAAGGUGAUGGUGAUUAUCCAGUGCAGCACCUCAAAGGUCUAGUUCCACUUCACGAGACUCUCCAAAUCACCAAUCUGUCGGCACCCACGAAGCCAAGAACAGUCUCCCAACCAAUGUUACACAAAUCUUUCUCACUCCAGAUCCUCUCGGUAACAGCAGGAGCACUUCAAUCCAAGUUCAUCUCCCUCCUCAUCUACACGCUUUAUCCUGUCCUUCACAGCAUUGUCUCGCCGCUUUCCUUCCUCUCAACAACGGCUCUUGCUUCCCUUCACUACAUUACAGGAAGCACAUCCUAUGCUUCGCCUGGAAAUAUGUUACUCUCCAACUUUGAUUACGUCCUCGACUCAGUAUCUCGUCGACUCAGUCGUAGAUGGAUUGACAUUGAUGCAACUAAGGUCUUGGUUUCAAUGAUCCAUCUUGUAGGGAAUGAUAUCGUUGAGCGAGCAGGGGAUGUCGUAGAAGAAUGUUUCGAUCGACUAGACGAGUACCAUGGAUAUGAAGUCGUCGUGGAGGGCAUUGUGGAGGUUUUGAACGAGGUCAUCAAAGUCAUUGAGGUGGAAACAGAUAAGGCGACGAAAACCGACGAUAACGCUAGUGAACCUCUCAAGAACGCUGAUAAGGAGAAAAUGGACGUGUUUUUCUCUUGGUUUGAGAAGCGUAACGACCCUAUCUUCGAUCAAGAUGAUACCACCGAUUAUGGACCCGCGCCUCGGCGGGCUUGGGGAGAGGAGAAAAAGAAAGGAAAAGAUGCAGGUGAAGGGAUUGAGGUUCAGCAAACAACCGAUGAAACUGUGCAAACAGCGCCUCAGGCUCUUGCGAAACAGAUGGUCACACGCUCCAUGUAUUUUUUGACCCAUCGAUCCCCCGUCAUUCGUGCGCGAAUUCUUUCUCUUCUCAAUGCAUCAGUGUCUGUCUUACCGGCCGACGCUCUCAUGCCAGCGAUUCAUAAUGCAUGGCCUUUCAUCCUCAACAGACUUGGUGACCCUGAAACGUUUAUCGUGAGUGCGGCGGCUGAACUCAUGGAGUCGCUUUCCUCUCAUAUGGGAAGCUUUAUGUACCGUCGGAUCUGGGACGACGUUUGGCCGCGGUUUUACGCCAUGUUAUCGAAAUUGCAGGAUGCGGAUUUGCAGAGUGCCCUUACACGGCGAGGUGUUGCGGCAGUCGGGACGGAAUCGAUAUAUACGCACUCUCAUCGUCUAUAUCGAGCCUUGCUGAAGACAAUGGCAGGUGCUCUAAGAGGAGUCGAUCCUCAAGACUCUUCAACUUGGGAAGUCAUUGUAUCAUUUCGCCGAUUCUUACAUUCGAAGGCAUCGGAUGAACUCCAACAUCUCGCAAGGGAAUUGUACCUAGCUGCGGGCCUGAGGAAUGCCGAUGCCGUUUGGCUAGCACUUUACUCGACCUUGGGACAGACAGACGAAUCCACAGCUUUCUUACGAAGACCAGAGUGGGAAAUUGCAAAGAAUGUGGCAUUAAUAUUUCAACAACUAGAAGAAUAG